AUGACGGAUCGUUUCGUUAGUGAGAAGGAGCUUGAGGAGGCGAAGAAGAGGCGUCAGGAAGAGUGGGAGAAGGUCAGAAAACCGACUGAUCCGAAAGAAGCGCCGGAAGAAAAAAUUGAUAACAGGUCGCUGUACGAACGUCUGAAAGAAGUUGGCGAUCGCAAACAAGCCGAAUAUGAGGAAGAACAUAAAAUUAGUAAUUGCGACCGAACUUCGACAUGUAUAUUCGCAAAUCCGAGAUCUGAUUCGACUUUACACAUGACGGAUGAAAUGACUGUGGAUCGCCUUACUGAUCUAGCCUACAUGCUUCUCUUCGAAAAUACGCAUUUUAUUGCAUGUGCUUGA